GCACGCAAGGCAGGCAGCUGCUGCACUGCAUUUAGUAGCGAGGUGGAAAGGGGGGCGGGCGAGCGAGCCGAGCCAACCCCCAACCUCCAUUGAUGGGCGAGCGGCGGCCGGUGAUGGGAGAGGUGGCCGCGCUGAGGCAGCUCGUCGGCCAGGUCCAGGAGCUCUGGGACCUCUACGGCGCCCCCGCCCACCCCCUCCCCAGGUGGUAUUUACUUGACUUUGAACACGGUUCAAUCAAGGAUGAUUAUUGUGGAGGGAGGACUGGAUACAACUCAGAAUUACUGAAGAUCAUGGAAACCAACCAAUCUCCUCCUCGCAAGCGACCACGGAGAGAUCGGAACCGUGAGAGGGCACCCUGCUCAAACCCAACCAAAGUAAUGAAACAAGAGAUUUGGAGAGAGUUUCCUGAAGAUCUUUUUGAAACUGUCAUUGCAAGGCUUCCAGUUGCUGCAAUUUUUCGAUUCCGCACUGUUUGCCGAAAGUGGAAUUCUCUUCUGGGCUCAGAUAAUUUCUCUCAUCAGUACUCUGAUGUUCCACAUGGACUGCCAUGGUUCUAUACAAUCACCCAUGAGAAUGGAAACAACAAUGUUGCCAUGUAUGACCCUUCACUAAACAAAUGGCACCACCCUUCUAUUCCUCUCGCUCCUACAAAAAUAGUUAUUCCAGUGGCAUCUGUGGGUGGCCUUGUUUGUUUAUUGGAUCUCAGCCACAGGAAUUUCUACAUUUGCAACCCUCUUAUGCAAUCACUCAAGGAGAUCCCACCCAUAUCAGUGCAGGCAUGGUCAAGAGUCACAGUAGGGAUGGUGCUGAAUGGAAGAAAUUAUAAUGGUGGCUACAAAGUAAUGUGGUUAGGAAAUGACGGGACUUAUGAAGUCUACGAUUCUACAAACAACACGUGGUCUUGUCCUGGAAAUUUUCCUCCAAGCAUCAAACUUCCACUUGGUCUAAAUUUCAGGUCGCAGCCUGUGGCGGUCGGCAGCACGCUAUACUUCAUGUGUGCAGAACCAGAUGGUGUUUUGUCGUAUGAUGUAAGCUCCGGGAUUUGGAAACAAUUUUCCAUCCCGCUGCCACUGCAUCUAACUGACCACACACUUGCCGAGUUCCAGGGAAGGGUUAUGCUUGUGGGUCUGCUGUGCAAAAAUGCAGCAACCUGUGUCUGCAUAUGGGAGUUGCAGAAGAUGACUCUCCUCUGGAAGGAGGUGGACAGAAUGCCAAAUAUCUGGUGCUUAGAAUUUUAUGGUAAGCACAUGAAGAUGACUUGCUUGGGCAACAGUGGUUUGCUCAUGCUGUCCUUGAAGGCGAAACGGAUGAACCGUCUUGUUACAUACAACCUUUCGAAAAAGGAGUGGCAGAAGGUUCCAGAUUGCAUGCUCCCAUGCAGCCGCAAAAAACAGUGGAUAGCAUGUGGCAUCGCAUUUGAUCCAUGCCCAUCUGCCUUGGCCUGACAGGUCUUUAUACCUGCUUCAGCUAAGCAGGUUGAGGUUUUAGCUAUUUCAUAUCAUUGGCCUAUCUUUAGAUGUUUCUAUGGUUGUUGUGACAAGGUUCUCUAUUAUGUAAAUCCAUAUCACUGUGGUUGUUUUGUAUCACGCUGAAGAAAUUAAACUAUUCCAUUUGGCACCUGCUGUAAUUCGAGUAGGUACUAGAUCAACUGAGGAAGACUACGUACAAUAUUUUAAGGUCAUUGUAGUCUUUAGUUCAAAUAGCGGGUAUCUGUGGUAUUGGUUUUGGUAUGUUCCGUUAUUAUGUCGUUGGGUUCAGUGUGUAAUAUUUCUUGAUGUGCGGUCAUCUGACCAGAACCGAGUUUAUAUUCUAUAAAAAAAUAAUACCCGGGAUUUCAAUGUGUU